UGGAGGCUCAGAUUUUCUUGUUAAUGUUUUCAUCGAUCAGAUAUAUUUGAAAAGCCACAGAAGAGCAUAUCCAGUGAUAGAGGAAUUUAGCGGUUUUAAGUUCUCUUUACACACAUCUUGCGCCCAAGUGACACAGAGGCCGACGAGGGCAGGUGAGCCUUGCUGGCUCGGAGCUGAAAGUGGUGCGUGCCGGAAGGAAGUCCUGGCCAUCGGUCCGUUUGGAGCCAUGGUGCCUUCAAGGCUUCUCUCAGUAGGACCGCGGAUGGUGCUGGGGGUCGUGGGGCGCCGGACUCGGGUCCGCCUGUGGCCCGCUCCUCCCAGGCUGCUCUCAGCCAGCUGUGCGGACCGCGCCAAGCACCAGGAACCCCCCGGGAAGGAAUUGCUCUCCGAGAAAAAACUGAAGAGACAUUUUGUGGACCAUCGCCGAGUGCUCGUCCGCGGGGGCCGUGGAGGCGACGGGGUGAGCUGCUUCCACAGUGAGCCCCGGAAGGAGUUCGGAGGCCCAGACGGUGGUGACGGAGGCAACGGUGGCCACGUCGUCCUGAGAGCUGACCAGCAAGUCAAGUCGCUGUCCUCGGUGCUGUCGCGGUACCAGGGUUCCCACGGAGAGGCCGGCGGCAGGAAGAACUGCUCCGGGCGCGGUGGCGCCCUCCUCUACAUCCGGGUUCCCGUGGGCACAUUAGUGAAGGAGGGAAGGGAAGUCGUGGCUGACCUAUCGUGCCCGGGCAGUGAGUACAUCGCUGCUCUGGGCGGGGCAGGAGGAAAAGGUAACCGCUUUUUCCUGGCCAAUGAUAACCGUGCACCCGUGACUUGCACCCCCGGACAGCCCGGUCAGGAACGCAUCCUCUUCCUGGAGCUCAAGACGGUGGCCCACGCUGGGAUGGUUGGGUUCCCCAAUGCAGGGAAGUCCUCGCUUCUCCGGGCCAUUUCGAAUGCGAGACCUGCUGUGGCUUCCUACCCGUUCACCACCUUAAAGCCCCACGUGGGGAUUGUUCAUUGUGAGGACCACCAGCAAAUAGCAGUGGCCGACAUCCCAGGCAUCAUCCGGGGUGCGCACCAGAACCGGGGCCUGGGGAGCACCUUCCUCAGGCACAUCGAACGCUGCCGUUUCCUCUUGUUCGUCGUGGAUCUUUCGGAGCCGGAACCGUGGACUCAGGUGGAGGACCUGAAGUUCGAGCUGGAGAAGUACGAAGCCGGCCUGUCCGAGCGACCCCAUGUGGUCGUGGCGAAUAAGAUCGACCUCCCUCAGGCCAGAGCCGCUCUGCCCCAGCUGCAGGCCCGCCUGGGCCGGAGCGUCGUCGCCCUGUCGGCCACAACCCGGGAGAACUUGGAGGAGCUGCUGCUGCGCCUGCAGGAGCUCCACGGCCGGCACGUGGCCCCCGAGCUCAGGUGGUAGCUGCCAGGCUGCCCCCCGAGGAUGACCGACUCGGAACGUCACCGGCUCUGGGCGGAGAUGAGAAAGUAGCCUGGAAGAAUUGGCGGUGUUGCUGCUUUGCCUUCUGCCGUCCCUGGCGCUCACCCCCCAGCACCCGGGCCAGGGCCUCGGGCCAGGACCUUGGACGUGCGUGCCUCUCGGCGGCCUGCUCCCCAGGGCCUCCCGCACCCGCCAGUGUACUAACAGGCUGAGCUGGGCUCCCCACCCUUCAUCAGCGCUCCUGAUGGGCAAGGACCCCGCGGCCAUCAGAUGCAGCUGAGCCACCCGACUUGGGUGAGCCAAAUCCGAACCUGCACAUGGGACCCCGAGCAGGAGGCAUAGACUCAGGAUCCCUGACACUGUCACCUCCAGAGCUAGCCAUGGUCCCGUCCUACGGAGGGGACAUGAGGGUGUGGGGACAGGUAGCGUUCACAGCCACAAGGCUCUUCUCAAAUGCCCCCGUCGGAGAAAUGCAGUAGGGGCGACGCCUCCCCUGUUGUUUGCUUCACGACUGAAUGCACCCAAUAUCCGACCCGGGGCCGCGCACUUUCUGACUCCCAGCAGCUGCGGCUUAUUAACUGAGGGCACAGACUUGUGCCCCCACAUAAGGUCUGAGACUUCGGACAUGUCCCCAGGGGCCCUUAAGGGAUGAAGUGGUUGGGGACCAGGGGUGAUCAGGGGAAGGGGCCCUGGGCCCUUUGUGGAUUCGCCCUGGGGCCCUAGCCGCUGGCUGCCGGGGUGCUGGGGGCUGGGCCUGCCUCAGACAGUAAGCUUGAGCCUGAGCUUUCAGGAGCAAUUCUGUUUUGAUCUACCGUCAAAUCUGCAACUAGAACAAGAGUCCUUUGCCUGAA